GGCGGCCAACCCAACGCCAACGCGGUCCAGCCAAGUCCAAGCCAACCCACCCCACCCACCACCACGCCGAGUCGCCGACCGACCGGCCGACGCGUCGCCAACGCCCAACGGGAACUUCCCAACCCGCCGACGGGUUCCACCGCGCCCGCAAUCCCACCCCUUUUCCCCACCGCCGCGGCCGCGUCCUCCCGCACCCCGGAGACCGCCGUGACUCCCGCCCCGCCCCUCGCCGGCGACCAUCGGCCGCCGGCGACGCCCGGCAUGCCGCCCUCACGCCUCGUCCACCUCAUCCUCCUCGCCACGCUCUCGCUCCUCCUCGCGCAAACCCUAGCCUCCUCCUCCCCGGCGCCCGCCGCGGCGACGGCGGCGGGGGCGGCUGCGGAGCCCGGGGACCCCUGCGCCGCGGCGGACGCGGACGGCGACGUCGCGCUGUGCCCCGUGCGGUGCUUCCGCCCGGACCCGGUCUGCGGCGCCGACGGGGUCACGUACUGGUGCGGCUGCCCCGAGGCGGCCUGCGCGGGGGCCCGCGUCGCGCGGCGCGGCUACUGCGAGGUCGGCGCCGGCUCCGCGCCCGUCUCCGGCCAGGCGCUGCUGCUCGUCCACAUCGUCUGGCUCUUCGUCCUCGGCGCCGCCGUCCUCCUCGGCUUCCUCUGACGCGCGCGCGCGCCCCCCACCGCCCCUCCCGUUCCCCCGCAGUCGUGCUCCCCUCUCCGGAUGUAAGGCUGCUCAUUCUUUUCCCCGAUUUUUUGCUGGUUGGUGCCUUCUUGCUGUGCUGUCGAGCGCUGAGGAAUGGUCGUGUGACGAUUUCGUCGUAAUUUUCGGAGGAUUCGGCUAGAGUGGUAACCCAAUUCUUUCGUAGAUCUGUUGGAUUUGUCUGUGCUCUAGGCUUCGGAGCAGAGCUGUGAUGAUUGGUUGUGAGAUGUUGUAGGUUCAGAUCAUGUAAACAGUUGUAAAUUCCGCUCUAACAUUUCCGUUGAUCAGGUUGCUUUUGUCCAGAAAUUUGAGAUUGGUGGUAAAUUCGAUUUGUAUGGUUCGACAUUAAGUACAUAUAUGAAUUCAGGUUGACAUCUGAGAGCUGCUCAAGCCACUAAA